AUGUCGCUAGCACGUAAAUUCCACAAGCGCGCUCGUGUUGCUACAGACACAGGUAGCAAGGCAUCUACCGCGGAUAAUCCCGUGCCCUCCGUCGAGAAAGAAAAGGGAUAUCCCGAAGUCAACUACACGCCAAUAAACCCCAGAGACUACAACGACAAUGAAUUCUGUUAUGAAACCCCGUCUCCGAACACGCCGCCCCUGAAAGUCCCACCCUACGUCCCCGACCAGCCCGUCAACCACAUCCCCGACUUCUCCGACUCUGACGAGGAGGCCGAGUUCGCCGCGAAAGUUGAGGCGUACUACCAGACGAUGGAGGCGGAGAAGGGGAAAAAAGAGUCGGUGCGGCUGACUGCACCCAAGCGGAAAAUCACCGAACUCCUCUCUGACGACGAUGUCUCCGACGAUGAUGUCUCUAACGACGAGAAGGUAGACGUUAAGGAAGAGGAGGAACAGCAAGAAGACGGAGACGAGGCCGAAGAAGACGAAGAAGGCGAAGAAGUGCCGAUCGCGCGGUCCGAGAUGAUAAACAACUUGGUAGACCUCUUGGAGAUGACCGGGGUCACGCUAAACUUCGUCGUCAAGUUACGAGGAGUCGAUAUUGACCCGACGGACCCGAAGAAGGUCAGGGAGGCGCUUAAUGAAUACCUUGAGAACGAAAACAAGCCGUUAGAAACGUCUGUUGAGGACGCACCCGAGCACGCCGCGGCUAUGAUUGAGCGGUUAUUUGACAUGCCGCUCCGCGAGUUCCUGCCCCUGGCAUACGAUAUUGCCGAGUUCAGGGACGACUUGGAAGCGCAGGGAAUUUCUCUGAAUCAAGGGUAA